CGCAGUCACUCGGCGGUGGUCAGACGCGCGCCAGGUCACCGGUCAGGCGAGGUCAGGUCGCGUCAGGUCGGCUCAGGUCAGGUCAGGCGUCUCGGUCGGCACCAUGAGCUACCCACGCUACUCCAGCAGCUACAGGAUCGCCAGGGAUCCGGGCGGCACCACCUACUACACCAGCUCGUAUGUCACACCGACCUACUUCUCCCCGGGUCGGACCUACACAUACACAGUGCCGACUAGAUCCUACAGCUACACUCUGCCCAGUAGAACCACCUAUUACACGCAGCCAGCCCGGACCUAUUACAGCUACUCACCAAUCUCCUUCCCGCUGGGCGCAGUCCUGGAGCUCCCAAUAGUUGGCAUGGGCCGUACCUACAACCCGACUAUGUCGCUGGACACGCACGCGCGCGUCAGCCGCGCCUCCGAGCCGGGCCACUCGUUCACCAAGAUGCCGGUGCUGCUGCGCGACCCAGAGACGCUGGUGGUCAUCCCACGCCGUCGUCAGCUGGCGCACGUGUACGACGCCUUCGACGACGACCCGAUCAUGCAGCUGCCGCCCCGCACACCAAGAUACUCAAAAUGCGGCUGGGCGGUUCCCAGGGUGCCCUAUCAUAGUGUGGCCUGUGGAGGUCCUCACUAUUACGAAGACCGCCUGUACGAAGCUGGCGAGGAGGUCAGCGCCAACGCAACCCGACGUAUGGCCGAGAUUUGCUCACCAAAUCCAGCGCCGAGGAAGUUCUAUCCGGCGGCUAAUCUGGACUGGAAGCCCAAGAAGUACAAGAGGACCAUCAGUGAUGAGCUGAAGCCGAUACGACGCAAUAUCGCCAUUCGCUCCUUCUUCGACCGGGCGAAGGACGCCGCCGACAACGACACCAAACGCAUAGGGUCCGGCAACGUCUCGUGCCUGAACUUUGUCGGUGGCCGAGUCACUUCAAAACGACCGCGCAACCGUUUCUAUGACAACGACAAGAUCAAGACUGAGGUCGACCUGCUCUCCCGCUAUGGCCACGUGCGGGAUGACCUGGACCUGCACCACUACAAGAACAUGCGCCUGCAGCAGAUGCCGGGCCUGCCAGGCGUCUACAAGCUGAUCCAGACGGGGGAGCGACCACCGCGCCGAAAGGCUGCCUCCGAGGACCCCGAGCUCACCAGAUACGCGCGGAGCUCAAUGAACACAGGCGACCUACAGAACGGCCCGGUGACGAAUGGGUACGCGGCCGAGGGGAGCCGGCCGACCCGCGCCGCCUCGCCGCCUCCUGAGCCCGUACAGGAGGAGGCCGAGGAGGAGUACGAGCCCGAGCCGGCCAAGGAGGCCUCUCCAGAGCCCGAGCCCCUCAAGGAGCCUUCGUCCGGGCCAGAACCCGAAAAGGAGCCGACACCUGAACCGGAGCCUAUCAGGGAACCCACUCCUGAGCCCGAACCAGUGAAGGAACCCACUCCUGAGCCCGAACCAGUGAAGGAACCCACUCCUGAGCCCGAACCAGUGAAGGAACCCACGCCCGAGCCUUCUCCUGAGCCCUCACCUGAGAAGGAGCUGACCCCUGAACCCGCGAAGGAGCCAACUCCCGAACCUGAGCCUGAGAAGGAGCCCACUCCUGAACCAGAGCCAGAGAGGGAGCCGACCCCUGAACCAGAGCCAGAGAGGGAGCCAACCCCUGAGCCUGAACCGGAAAAGGAGGCGUCCCCUGAACCUGAACCCGAGAGAGAACCUUCUCCGGAAGCCUCUCCUCAGAAGGAGCUUUCUCCAGAACCUGUGAAGGAGCCGACCCCAGAGCCCGAGCCCGAGCACGAGCCCGAGCCGGUGCAGGAGCCAGAGCCCGAGCCCGAGCCCGAGCUCGAACCCGAGUCCGAACCGAAGCAGGAGUCAGAGCCAGAGCCAGAGCCGGAACCUAUCGUGGAGGAGCCCGAGGAUGACGUCAUUGAUGCGUCGGAACAGAUGGAGUCAAAGCCUGCUCUGUUAAAAUUCAAAAGCUGUGGACUCCCCGGUUGCCAGUGCCUGCUAGAUUUAGACGAACUCGGCCUGACAGAAGGAGGUACUGUUGCCAUGAAGCCAAGAGGUCGUGAUCAAAUGCUUGACACUUUACAGCAUUCUAUUAAUGUUUUACUAGCACACGCUCCAGCAGGCAGAGUUCCUUGUCUCCCAGUGCUGAACAUGCAGCCCUCAAUGUUUUUGUCAGAUUACAUUGCUUUCAUAACCUGGUCAAAUCGGCAGCUAUUGUGCACAGAUAUUCUUAAUUCAAACAUGUGUUUUUUUUAAGGUUAGCCAUUAGCCAAGUACAGACACAGCGUCGAGAGCUCAGAAGUGAGGUGGUUGGAUUGAUCCAAUAAGGAAUCACGUUUCUUUGUUCUAUGCUUCGGGCUAUUUGAAUCAUAGGUUGCAGCCUUUCCAAAGAUAUACCCGUGCUCACUGCCGAACAUGAAAGUAAAUGAAACGAGCUUGUCACUGUCAAGCCCUAUUUUGCAAAGCUACACUUCAAAGUGUCAGAUAUGCAAAAUAACUCGGCUGGCCCCUGUUUCCUGAAGGAUUAUAGCGUCCGUGUCAUUUUUGUUCUUUCCUCUGUUGCAUCGUAAAGACACAUGCACGAUUGGGCAACGUUUGAACGAACAUUCUCAGAUGAUCUAGAUGUAUUUCACCAGACUGAUGAGUGAUUCUGAAUUGCAUUGAAAGGUCGAAAAGUGAUGGAUAAUAAAUUUAACGUUAAUGCACAGAGACAACCUCUGAUAUGUUGACAAACAUACUUGACUUUUUUGCUGUUAGCCUAAAUCCACUGCAUGUAGCAUAGACUAGAAAAAGUAGUUCGACGCCGGUUUUGUUCCUUAAUAGACUAAAACUGUUUGAUCUGACUUGCAUCCUGAUUGAGCCAGGGAAAUCCGUCAGCACAAAUGCACUUGGCAUGUAUUGGUCAACGUCGUACAAGGCCAUGAAGCUGCGUACCAUACAUGUCUGUUAUUUGCUUGGGCACGUUUCCCCGUUGGACCAGUGCUAGGCCGAAAAUAUUUAUGAUUGCUGUUAUGUUUCCUUACCAGCGUUAUUUACAGGCCGUGUCACGCGCAAUGCGUGCUGAACCCGAGCUUGUUGCGCUUGUAACACCACCUCGUUGUUCGGGUUCUCGGCCUAUCAUGGC